AUGCCUGAUGCAAUUCUAGACGACAUAUCGCACAGGCGGUACAAUCCACUGCGGGGCAGUUGGAUCUUAGUGUCCCCCCACCGGACGAAAAGGCCCUGGCAGGGCCAGCAAGAAGCCGCCUCGAAGACGACGCUGCCAGACCAUGAUCCAUCCUGCUACCUCUGCCCCGGAAACAAGCGCGCCCAGGGCGAUGUGAACCCGAAGUACGAGAGCACCUUCAUCUUCGUCAACGACUACAGCGCCGUGAAAGAAGAGCAAGCAGACUACAAGCCUCAAGACCAGGAUGGCGGCCUCUCGGCUCGCUUCCUCCGCGCCGAAUCCGUCACAGGUAAAUGCUACGUUAUAACCUUCUCCCCCCGGCACAACCUCACCCUCGCCGACCUCUCACCCCCCGAAAUCGUGCCGGUAAUCGAAGCAUGGACAAGCCUCUACACGGCCCAUCUCUCCCCGCACAGCCCCCUCGCGCAAGUUGCUCGAGCGACUACGCUUGCACCUCAUGGCCAUGACGAUAACCCCUGGGCGCCAAACUCCCAGUACAGAUAUAUGCAGAUCUUCGAGAACAAGGGCGCGGCCAUGGGCUGCAGCAAUCCGCACCCGCAUGGCCAGGCUUGGGUGACGACGGGCCUGCCCGAAGAACCUGCCCUCGAGCUUACACAGCUGCAAAAAUAUCGGAGGGAGCAAGGUGGGGCAAACAUGCUUGAGGAUUAUGCGACGCUGGAGGCCUCGAAGCAGGAACGCGUGGUGUACGAGAACGGAUCGUUUCUGGCUGUGUGUCCGUGGUGGGGGACGUGGCCGUUUGAGGUCAUGAUUGUGAGUAAGCAGCACAAGCGGGCGUUGGUGGAUUUUGGAGCGGGGGAGAGGGAGGCGUUGGCCGAGUGUUUGGCGGAGGUGACGAGGAGGUAUGACAAUCUCUUUGAGACGCACUUCCCGUACAGCAUGGGACUCCAUCAAGCACCGCUAGAUGGGACCAAAGAAGAGAUUGAAGCGAGUCAUUUUCACGUCCACUUCUAUCCGCCAUUGCUGCGGAGCGCGACGGUCAGGAAGUUUUUGGUGGGCUACGAGAUGAUGGCAGAACCGCAACGGGACAUUACGCCUGAGCAGGCGGCCGCACGGCUGAAGAACUGCGGAGGAGAGCUCUACCGUAAGAAGCUGGAAUAG